UGCUUUUCUGACCAUGGUGAGUGAAAGGGAAAAAUAUCCAGAAAGCAACGUAUUACAAUACGCAUUUAUAGGGAUAUGGACAACGGUGGAGAUUGAACUAACAAGCAGUGGAUAUGAUAGUUAACCAUAGCUUGUGUGAGUCACGAAAACGCUUGGGGAAAGCUGUUAGUUAGCAAAUAAAGCGCAGUUGAGUAGUCUACGUGUACAGCUGCUAACUGGAGGGUUAAACGAAGCUGUAACUUCACAUUCAUCGAAGGGGAACGCCUUAUAGUUUACCUGUGAAUCCAGGCUGAAGGCAAGAAGUGAGAACUAUAAUACAAAUCAUGGUUUUACAGUAGCAGUUUGUGGAAGUGAUACAUUUUAACUGACCAUUUCUGGCAAAAUUGAGGGUGGACGAAUUCCAGACAACAUGAAAGAUGUUCUAAAAUCAAAAGCGUUCAGCAGAUUCUGUGUUGCGCAUUUUCAUCGCAUUGUCAGGACCUUGUUUGUUUUGGCCUAAUUAUUAAAAUCGCUCACAGAAGCCAACAAGGUAGGUGUUGUUGGGUGUUGAAUGAGUAAACUUCCCUUUGAGCAAUUCGUUGAGCAAUAACUGUCGUUAGCAGGUAUAGUUGUAUAUUUACUGGGCACUGACACUGACCUGAACUUGGAUCCACUGGACAGGGAGGUGCUACAAUGACAGAAACUAACUCCAAAGCAGCACAAGAUUUAACAGACUUCAUGGAAACAAAGAUGCAAGAUGUUCAGAACAAAUUUCAGGCUAUGUCCGAUAAGUUAGUAUCAAAAAUGGAUGAAAUGGGAACUCGCAUUGACAACCUGGAGAAGAAUGUUGCUGAUCUCAUGACACAGGCAGGGAUGGAGAAGCCUCAAACUUCAAAAUGACUUUUAAGUUGAGAACAUUCAAGAAUGUACUCUACGAAAUGCUCUUUAUUCCAUUUUCAGAAGACAAGAAGAACGAAGACGCCACAGUGCUCCAUUUUUUGUUAAUAAUGUGGUUUGAGCAGGUGGAGCAUUCCUCAUGAAACCAAGAAGAAAAUAACGAUUCAGUUCAUCAGUUUCAUCUCAUCAUGAAGGCUACACCAUUGCUAGGGCUGAUGGAGCUAAAAUUGAUUAUUUUUGUAUGGAAAAAGACUCCCCCCCCCAUGCUGAAGUCACUUUAGGAAAUGAAUAAAACCAUUUAAUGAUUAAAAAA